AUACACGAGAUACACUCCUUUGCACACUUGGGAGAGCCCAUUGGAGUGUAGGCGGAAGAACUACAACUCCUAGCAGCCAUUGUUCGCUCACCUCUGCGCUCACAUCCGCACCAGGACGCACACUUGAGCUGCAGGCGCUGUUGAAACUACAUUACCCAGAUCGCCUGGGGCAGCCCGUGACACUCCUGGGACCGCGGGCGGGCCCGGGGCUGGGUUUCAACCGCUCGCCUCUCUUGUUCGCUUCUCGGACCGGGCCCUGGACCCAGCCCCAGAUUCGGACACAGCUUCACCAUGGAGGAGGCAGACCGAAUCCUCAUCCAUUCCCUGCGCCAGGCCGGCACGGCUUCUAGAAGGCAGCACAGCACAGCCUGAUUCGUUUUCUGACUGCUCCCCACAUCGAGCCUGCACCCAUUUUUCUUCAGGGCUGUUCCUCCAGAAGUGCAGACCCUGCGAGCCUUCACCACUGAGCUGGUUGUGGAAGCUGUUGUCCGCUGCCUGCGUGUGAUCAACCCUGCCGUGGGCUCCAGCCUCAGCCCACUGCUGCCUCCUGCCAUGUCUGCCCGUUUCCGCCUGGCCAUGAGCCUGGCUCAGGCCUGCAUGGACUUGGGCUAUCCUUUGGAGCUUGGCUAUCAGAACUUCCUUUACCCCAGUGAACCUGACCUCCGUGACCUGCUUCUCUUCUUGGCUGAGCGUCUACCUACGGAUGCCUCUGAGGAUGCAGACCAGCCUGCAGGUGACUCAGCUAUCCUCCUCCGGGCCAUUGGGAGCCAAAUUCGGGACCAGCUGGCUCUGCCCUGGGUUCCACCCCUCCUUCGCACUCCUAAGCUGCAGCGCCUCCAGGUGGGACCCCCCAACUCAGAGGCUCUGAUUCUGCUCUCCCACCAGGGCUCGGGCCCCCAGAAUCCUUUCCAUGCCAGUAGGCUGGCCAUGCCUGAAUUGAGUUCCAAAGGAGAGGCCCGGGAGUUCCAGGCAAGUUCCCUGUUACUACCGGCCCCUACCCAGGUGCCUCAGCCUGCGGGGAGGGUAGCCUCGCUCCUCGAAUGCCAUGCCAUCCAGCUCUGCCAGCACACAGGCCAGGACCACCCCGGGGACAAGGACUGGGUCCACCGGGCAUCCCGCCACCCCACCCAGGAGGAUACUCGGGCUCAGCGGCAGCGGCUGCAGAAGCACCUGGCUGAACAUCUGCGUCAGACCUGGGGCCAGCUGGGGCCAUCCUCACAAGCCCGAGACUUGGGAGAGCUGCUGCAGGCCUGGGGUGCUGGGACCAAGACUGGUGCUCCCAAGGGCUCCCGCUUCACACAUUCAGAGAAGUUCACCUUCCAUCUGGAGCCUGAGGCCCAGGCAGCCCAGGUGUCAGAGGUGCUGUCCACCUCCCGGUGGCCUGAACAGGACACGUGGGCAGCUCAAGAGCAGGAGCUGGAAGCCCUUCAGGAGCAGCUAGAGGGAGUGAAUCGUAACAUUGAAGAGAUUGGAGCCAGCAUGAAGACGCUGGGAAUCGGCCUUGUGCAGGUGGAGACCGAGUGUCGGCAGACUGAGCUCAGCAUGGCCGAGAGGGAGCAGGCCCUGCGCCUGAAGAGCCAGGCGGUGGAGCUGCUGCCAGAUGGGGCUGCCAACCUCGCCAAGCUGCAGCUCGUGGUAGAGAGUAGUGCCCAGCGGGUCAUCCAUUUGGCGGGCCAGUGGGAAAAGCACCGGGUCCCGCUCCUUGCUGAGUACCGCCACCUCCGAAAGCUCCAGGAUUGCAGAGAGCUGGAAUCUUCUCGACGGCUGGCAGAGAUCCAGGAGCUGCACCAGAGUGUUCGGGCAGCUGCUGAGGAAGCUCGCAGGAAGGAAGAGGUCUAUAAGCAGCUGGUGUCCGAGCUGGAGACCCUGCCCAGAGACGUGUCCCGGCUGGCCUAUACCCAGCGCAUCCUGGAGAUUGUGGGCAAUAUCCGGAAGCAAAAGGAAGAGAUCACUAAGAUCUUGUCUGAUACAAAGGAGCUUCAGAAGGAAAUCAACUCCCUGUCUGGGAAGCUGGACCGGACGUUUGCGGUGACUGAUGAGCUUGUGUUCAAGGAUGCCAAGAAGGAUGAUGCUGUUCGGAAGGCCUACAAGUAUCUAGCUGCCCUGCAUGAGAACUGCAGCCAGCUCAUCCAGACCAUUGAGGACACAGGCACCAUCAUGCGUGAGGUUCGAGACCUUGAGGAGCAGAUCGAGACGGAGAUGGGCAAGAAGACCCUCAGCAACCUGGAGAAGAUCCAAGAGGACUACCGGGCCCUUCGCCAGGAGAACGCUGGCCUCCUGGGGCGGGUCCGUGAGACCUGAUGGGCCGCAGGCAGAGAUCUCCCUCACCCCAGGCUUCAGCAGGGAUUUGGGGUGUUGGAAGUGAUGGCCAGGCGCUUGCCCUAGCUGUUCCCUGUGUUUGCUGUCCAGUCCCUCCUGCUGUGGUGACACCUGCCCACCUGACCCCAACCCUUAUUUGGGGUGAACAUCCAGACACUGGGAGCUUGGCUGCACUUUAUUGGGGACAGUACUGGGGGUUGGGGCCUUCGAUCCCAAAUAAAUGAGGGGCUCUGUCUGCAGUGUAA